UAAAGUAUAAGUUCUGGGAGCCUGGAAAAUAGCUCAGCUUAUAAAGUACUUGCCACCCAAGCAUGGGGAUCUGAGUUCAGUCCCCCAGAGUCCACAUUUAAAAGGCUGGCCAUGGUGGCAAGCACCUAUAAGAGGAUUUCUAGGGCUGAUGGGCUAGCCAGCCCAACCAAGAUAAUGAAUGCUAGACCAGUGGAAAUCCUUACCUCAAACAAUUAAGACAGAAUGAUUGAGGAAAACACUCAACAUGGACUUCAGACCUCACUCACACACAUACACACGCUAUUGUACACACACUAUUGUACACACACACACACACACUGGAUUCCUGACCCCAGCUGGAGGGAGCCCGUUUCUGAUCAUUUGAGAUAAAGCCCAGAAUUCUGCUCUUUUGUGAUAAGUGAACAGCAAAAGUGAUCCGAACCGACAGGAGAGCCAGCGUGGCCUGAGAAAGACCUGACACUGACUCCACAGUCCCCUGCAUGGAAAGAAGGCCACAGAUAGAAAAUGACAGCAAAGCCUCUAAGAACAGCUCUUUCUUUGCUCUUCUUUGCCCUCUCUGGGGUCCUGGGGACACCAGAAAUCUCAUGCAGAAAUGAAAAUGGUGAAGCUGUGGACUGGUUUAUCUUUUAUAAGUUACCCAAAAGGACUAGCAAGGCAAGUGAAGAGGCGGGGCUGCAGUACGUGUACCUGGACUCCACAAGGCAAACCUGGAAAAAGAGCCACUACCCGAUUAACAGCAGCAGGAGUGCUCUGGGGAGGACCUUACAACAUCUGUAUGACGCACAUAAUUCCAUGAAUGACACAGCCUAUCUAAUAUACAACGAUGGUGUCCCUGGAUCUGUGAAUUACAGCAGACAGUAUGGACAUGCCAAAGGUCUGCUGGUAUGGAACAGAACGCAGGGGUUCUGGCUGAUACACUCCGUUCCCAAGUUUCCCCCAGUUCAUCGCUAUGACUACCCAACCUCGGGGAGGCGAUAUGGACAAAGCGGCAUCUGCAUCACUUUCGGAUACAGCCAGUUUGAGGAAAUAGAUUUUCAGCUCUUGGUCUUACAACCAAACAUCUACAGCUGUUUCAUACCAAGCACCUUUCACUCGAAACUUAUCUACAUGCCCCGGAUGUGUGCCAACUCCAGUUCCUUAAAGAUCCCUGUCCGGUACCUCGCUGAACUACACUCAGCCCAGGGUCUAAACUUCGUCCAUUUUGCAAAAUCAAGUUUUUAUACUGACGACAUCUUUACAGGCUGGAUAGCUCAAAAGUUGAAGACACAUUUGUUAGCACAAACCUGGCAGAAAAAGAACCAAGAGCUUCCUUCAAACUGUUCCCUGCAUUACCAUGUCUACAACAUCAAGUCCAUUGGGCUAACUUCCAAGUCUUACUUCAGUUCUCGCCAAGACCAUUCCAAAUGGUGUGUUUCCAUAAAGGGCUCCACAAAUCGCUGGACCUGCAUUGGAGACCUAAAUCGAAGCCCACACCAAGCCUUGAGAGGCGGGGGAUUCAUCUGUACAAAGAAUCACUACAUUUACCAGGCAUUUCAUAAAUUAGUUCUCCGUUAUGGGUUCUGUGAGUAAACUCGGUGAAAGGCCACACCCACUGUCCUUGAAAACACUGGCACUGGAGCAUCUCGCCUUGGAUCUCUUCUCCAUAAGUUAAAGGCUUCUUCUGAGUGUGCACAACAUAGCGUCCAGAAAAGCACUGUGGGCCCACAUUUCCCUUCCUAUCUUCAAAUCAAGAGAAAUAGGAGUCAUCUGUAUGUAUGGAAUUAGAAAUCAAAAUCAUGAUAUGUAAGUAAUAACACCGGGGAACAGAAUACAAUAUUUUCUUCCAAUUUAACCACCUUCAGUGGUCUGUCUUGUGGAUUAAAUUUCAUCUCUCACAAAGCAAUCCUGCCUGCCCUGUUUGAAGAAAAUAAAGGUGCUCCCUCCUUCCCCCUCCUCUUUCAUACUAUUUGGCCAUAUGGGCAUAUUCCCCAUGAAGUUCCUCCCCCCGCUGGUUUAUAGUUUAGUCUUGUCACCUCUGCAGGUGCUCUUUGCUGAUAAUAUAUUCUUGUACUGCUUACUUGAGUUCUCUUGCCAUUUAUUUUCAAUUUUAAUCUACAACAGGGAGAUCAUAUCUAAGCAUGAUGUGAGUCAAGAAAUCAUAAGACUUGGUUGCUUAAUAGACUGUGGGAUGUGGGGUUUAAGUUUGUUUAAAAGCUUAAGAGUCAAGUAAAAGUCAUCAGACAGGGGGUGGGCCCUGGGCUUAGUGACUGUGAAGCGUGCAAUCCACACUCACCAUCUGCUCUCUUAUUUAGUCUUCAUAGCAAUUCUUUUCAGUGAUAAGUGUCAUGAUCCCCCAUUUUACUGACAAGUCAAACGGAGGCUUAGAGAACUCCAAACACUUGCCUAGUAUAAUAGAGGUCUAUUUGGCCUCCCUCCAAAGCUGUGCUCUUAGCUGAGUUUCCAGAAGACAGUAAAGGAAGUGAAUAAAUA